CUUAGUGAGUGCCCACACAAACUUAGACCCACACAAACAGUUGAGAGUGCCCAGAACUGCAAGUCAUGAAGGAACUCAAAAGCAAGGCGUUCUGGAGGGCCGUUUUGGCAGAGCUGGUGGGUAUGACCCUCUUCAUCUUCCUGAGCAUCACAGCUGCGGUUGGAAACUCGAACAAUGACAAACCAGAUCAGGAGGUCAAGGUGGCACUUGCGUUUGGGCUGUCCAUUGCCACUCUCGCCCAGAGUCUCGGGCACAUCAGCGGAGCCCAUUUAAACCCGGCUGUGACCCUAGGCUUGCUGGCCAGCUGUCAGAUCAGUUUGCUGAAGGCAGUCAUGUACAUCAUUGCCCAGAUGUUGGGUGCAGCGGUGGCGAGUGGUAUCGUCUAUGGCGUCACUAAAGGAGAUGCCCUGGGGCUAAAUACAAUCAACAGUGACAUUUCUGCUGGUCAAGGUGUUGGCAUUGAACUCCUGGCUACCUUCCAGCUAGUGCUGUGUGUCAUAGCGACCACGGAUAAAAGAAGGCGGGAUGUGAAAGGCUCCGCCCCUCUGGCCAUCGGCCUCAGUGUUUGUCUGGGCCAUUUGACAGCCAUCAGUUUCACUGGAUGUGGAAUCAAUCCUGCUCGAUCCUUCGGACCAGCAGUGAUACUUCGAGAUUUUACCAACCACUGGGUUUACUGGGUUGGCCCAAUGUGUGGUGGUGUGGCCGCUGCUCUGGUCUAUGAUUUCUUGCUGUACCCUAAAAUGGAUGACUUUCCUGACCGUGUGAGGGUGCUGGUGUCUGGCCCCACUGCAGACUAUGAUGUCAACGGAACUGACGACCCCCCUGCUGUAGAAAUGUCAUCAAAGUGAUGCAACACUCCACAUAUUUAGUGUAUUAUACUCUUUAAGUCUCUUCACAAAAUAUCUGUAAAUAUCUUUUUCCUUAAAGGGGAAUAGCAGUGUUUUAAAAUUUACUAUAUGACAGUUUUUUAAAUGCAAAUGUAAAGCAUCCAUGUAGUUGUUCAAAUGAAAAAAGUUUUGAAAUUUUGUCUUAAUUUGUUUGGUUUUGGGUUUUUUAUGACUCUCAAUUAGUAAAUCAGCAUGUACCUCAGGAAAAUGAUACAAUUUUGUCUUGUUUUCAAAAAUCUCACAUAUCAGAAUUGAAAAUGUAGAUUCACUUUUUUGGUAAACAUUUUAAAUGAAAGUGUUUAUAUUGCAUUAUUUGUACAAUAUGAUG